AUGUGUAGUUGCACCGGUCCUGGGCGACUGUGUGUGGAGGUUCCGCCUCAACACACUGUGUGGUUGCCAUCAUGGACUGCCCAUCGUGGUUCUUUUGAGGCACGCUCAGAGAUCCAGGCAUCUGGCACCUUCGGUUGCGUGACGUACGCCAUCCAGAGUGACAGUGGCAAAGCUGUGGCACUAAAGAGCCAAAUCUUCGAAGGCAACGACUACCGGCGAAUAAACGUGGAAAUUAGCUCCCUGCGGAGAUUGAGCCACAAGAAUGUUGUGUCGCUGCUGGCUGGCUAUUGUGAUGCCAGUGUGCCGCAAAAACCCAGCCUAUCGCGAGUUAUCCUCUGUUUCGACCGAGCACUUUGCACUUUGCAUGACUUUGCAGCAUACAGCUUGAAUGGGGCUUUGCGCCUCCGUCUGUUCGAGGACAUGCUGUGUGGGCUGCAGCAUUGCCAAGAUCGAUGCAUUUUGCAUCGGGAUGUCAAACCUGCCAAUGUGCUGGUUUUCGUCGAAAGCAGUGGGACUUUCCACGCCAAGCUGGCGGACUUCGGCAGCUCGAGUUGCGUGGCGCUGUCAGACACUUCUGGCUGUGUUCGGUGCCAGUACCUGCCAAGUUCAGUGGUUACAACCUACAUGGUGGCUGCGCCUGAGGUGCUUUUGGAUCGAACCUAUUAUUUUGCAUCGGAUGUUUGGAGUGCGGCCAUAACAUGGCAUUAUCUGCGCUUCCGGAGUUUCCCAUUCUUACUGCCUCGGCAACCUUCCCCAUUGGUGCAUGACGCUGCAGCCUGCCGUUCCCAUGAGAUUACAUGCGGCAAAGCUUUAGAGUUGCUUUUUCAACAGCAUCAAGAGCUGCCCUUCUUGGACAAACAACUGUUGAAAUGGAACGUGCCGAGCCGCCCGCGUGCGGUGGAUUGCUUGCACAUUCUUCAUUCUUUGCCUGUGCCGCACCAGCAAGCAGUGACAGAGACGACACCUGGAGCUGAUACCCUUGCUGUGCAUGCGCAGGUUUCGGAGCCAAACGUUGGCUUGCCUGUGGCAGACGCUAAUGAUGAAUGUGCUGAGCCUGUUGACAUGGAUUUCAUGUCUGAACACAUGGGCUCGCCAAAUCCCUGUGCUUCAUCGUGCCUGGAUGGAUUGUUUGAUAUGCCAGAGAUGCUCCAGGAUUUUUGUGCAAACCAUCGUGCUUUGUGA